GUGUCGCUGUUCACCAGCUGUGUUUGGAUAUAUCCAGUUCUCCACCCACUGCUGUUGUAACAAGACUCGGGUGUUCGGAUGUCAUUCUGCAGAAAAUAUUGGACGCGGUCAGAUUGCUUGAACAUUUUGAGGAUAUUAUUUUCAUCAAGCUGAACCUUUUUGUGGAAUACUAUUUGUUCACAUUGUAUUAUCAAGUCUAUAUUGUGUUUUGACGUUUUAAUCCCAGGAUGGGGCACAAAGGAAUCUCGGUGACAGGCCUGGUCUGCUACGUUGCUUUCUUUCUUCUACCGCUGCACUCCGCCAAUGGAGACGUGAGCUAUUCUUUUCCGGAGGAGAUUAAACGCGGAUCUGUUAUUGGAAAUAUAGCCAAGGAUCUCGGGCUGGAGGCGAGCAGACUUUCCGCUCGUAAGGCCCGUGUUGAUACCGAUGGGAACCACGAACGGUAUUGUGACAUUAAUCUAAGUACGGGAGAUUUGACUAUAGCUGAAAGGAUUGACAGAGAUGGGCUUUGUGGCAAGAAGGUUUCGUGUGUUUUAAAACAGGAACUUGUGCUUGAAGAUCCGUUGGAGCUUCACCGUAUUAGUCUUCAUGUCCAAGAUAUAAAUGAUAAUUCCCCACAGUUUAAAAGGGAUGUAAUCAAAAUGGAAAUGAGUGAAUCAGCAGUCAAAGGCGUUCGUUUUUCUCUAGAUGAGGCCCAUGACGCUGAUAUAGGACAGAAUACGGUUCAGAGCUAUACACUACAAAGAAAUGAACAUUUUAUUUUGAAUGUCAAAACCAAAAGUGGUGGACGCAAAUACAGCGAGUUAGUGUUAGACAGGGAGCUAGACCGCGAGGGGCACCAUGAAAUCAAGUUAUUACUGACAGCGAUGGACGGGGGCACUCCGCAGAGAUCAGGUACUGUAGUCAUACACGUCACUGUACUGGAUGCUAACGAUAACGCCCCAGUGUUUAGCCAGGCCGUCUAUAAAGCCAGUCUGCCUGAAAACCCUCCUUUAGAUACUGUAGUGGUUACAGUGAGUGCUACGGAUGCAGAUGAGGGAGUGAAUGGGGAAGUUACUUAUGAAUUUGAUGACGUUUCAGAUGAAAAUAGCAAUGUAUUUUCUCUUGAUCAUGAGACUGGAAAAAUUACAGUUGUUGGUCCAAUAGAUUAUGAAAAGGAGUCUUCAUAUGAAAUGCAGAUCAGCGCAAAGGACGGUUUAGGGUUAGCAUCCUACUCUACAUUGAUAAUAGAAAUCACAGAUGUUAAUGACAACGCCCCUGUGAUUUAUCUACAGUCUCUGACUAACCCCAUACCUGAGAACGCGUCUCCUGGUACAGAGGUGGGCAUCAUUAACGUGCAGGAUAGAGACUCUGAGAAUUACCGACAGGUCCGCUGCUCCAUUCAGCAAAACGUUCCUUUUAAGCUGGUGCCAUCCAUCAAAAACUACUAUUCUCUGGUGACCACGGGCGAACUGGACCGUGAACUAGUGUCUGAUUACAACAUUACAAUCACUGCCACCGACGAGGGCUCUCCACCUCUGUCCUCCUCUAAAAGUGUUCAGUUAUCUGUAGCUGACGUCAACGACAACCCACCUGUGUUUGAGGAACAGUCCUAUAAAGCCCAUCUGACUGAAAACAACAAACCCGGUUCCUCCGUGUGUUCCAUUACUGCACGAGACCCAGACUGGAGACAGAACGGAACAGUGAUUUAUUCUCUCUUACCUGGUGAGGUGAACGGUGUCCAAGUGUCCUCGUUUUUAUCCGUUAACGGAGACACGGGGGUGAUCCACGCUGUGAGGUCGUUUGAUUAUGAGCAGUUCAGGAGCGUUAAGGUCUACGUGGUGGCCAGAGACAACGGUUCUCCUCCGCUCAGCAGCAACGUCACGGUCAGUGUGUUCAUAACGGAUGUGAAUGACAACUCUCCUCAGAUACUAUACCCCGCCCCGGAGGGAAACUCCUUCAUGACGGAGCUGGUACCCAAAGCUGCGCACGGGGGCUCUCUGGUUUCCAAGGUGAUUGCGGUGGAUGCGGACUCCGGGCAGAACGCCUGGCUGUCCUAUCAUAUAGUCAAAUCCACUGAUCCGGGACUUUUCACUAUUGGUUUCCACAGCGGAGAGAUCAGGACACAGCGGGACAUUUCUGAAUCUGACAGCAUGAAACAGAACCUCAUUGUGUCAGUGAAAGAUAACGGACAGCCCUCUCUCUCUGCCACCUGUAGCAUGUAUUUGGUGAUUUCUGAUAACUUGGCUGAAGUGCCAGAACUGAAAGAUGUCUCUUAUGAUGAGAGCAAUUCCAAACUCACCUCUUAUCUGAUCAUCGCGCUGGUGUCCGUGUCCACCUUUUUCCUCACCUUCAUCAUUGUCAUCCUGGCCGUGAGGUUUUGCCGCAGGAAAAAGCCCAGACUGUUGUUUGACGGAGCGGUCGCCAUCCCCAGCGCGUAUCUCCCUCCCAACUACGCAGAGGGGGAUGGAGUGGGAACUCUCCGCAGCACUUACAAUUAUGACGCAUACCUGACGACGGGUUCGCGCACAAGUGACUUCAAGUUCCUCACAUCUUACAACGACAACACACUGCCCGCGGACCAGAAUCUGAGAAAAACUCCAAAUGACUUUACUGAAGAACUUGACGACUCCGAAGGGUCCCAAGAGGUAGGACGUUAUUGUAAACAAAAAUAUACCUUUGGUUUUAUGUUUUAUUAAAUUGAGGCUAAACUUUUCCAUACAUGUUCAGGUGUCAUGCUUAGCAAAAUAAUAACAUUCUCAAUUAGAGCAAGAUCCUUUGUCCUAUAGAAAAUCACACUUUUCACAGUAAUACAUUCUUUUUCCAAUGUUUGUCUACAUUGUCAGUCUGUAUUUGCAACAGAAAGAGACAACAGAAAUUGUUAAAUGUGUUUUACAGAAUAGCUUACAGUCUAUAGAUUUCACUCCAUUAUGGGUAAAAUGCUGAAAAAUGCUUUUAUUCAUUGUAAUUGGAAGCCUCCUGUAAAAAUGAUUGCAUUAUACUCCAUUUUUUUACAGUAAUAAUUUAUGCCUACUGUAGAUUACAAUUUUCAGUUUCAGGCACCAAACUCAUGCGGUGGGUAAGACACAUGAGGUUCAGACUAUUAAUUCCUUACCCUGAAUAGAUUUGCCCCUGAUCAUAGAUCUAAGAUUGUACCCAAUCCCAAUGUUAACUCCAUCUCCUUCUCUCUCUCUCGUUGUCUCUCUCUCUCCCAACACCUACCAACACAAACCAGCACAUAACAUACUGUAGGUUUUGAAUUAGUGUUGUAAUUAUGCUUUUCUUUGGUUACAUACAUAGUUUUAUUGUAUAAUACUGUAAAAACAACAAACAGCAAUUUACUGUAUUACCUAUUUAUAGCCAUAAAUAUGAUGCCCUCUGGGUGAUAUU